CACUGAUUGUACCAUGCAAUAGACCUACAGUUGUACUGAGAGUGUUGCUAGCUUUCUCUGUUGUAAGGAAUAUUGUGUUCCUGAUAUACGUAUAGCUGUAAGGAAACACUGGACAGAAUGGCUACUGUAAAUCUAUUUCUCUGCUGUAUGCUGGGAAGUGUUUCUCUUGUGUAUGGGCAGCCUUUGUUUCAAAUCCUCACUGGACCAAAAGCCCUCGUCUCCUCCAGUGGGAGCGUGAUUGAAGGAUCAGUGAUCCAGAUCUACUGUACUGUAGAGGAUGACACCACUGCCACUUUCACAUGGACUCUCAAUGGAAGCUCUCUGAGGAACGAUCCACCUCACAUUCGUAUCAGAGAAGACAAUCGCCCUGAACGCUCAAAAUCAUUGCUCACUGAUGACUCCACAUGUGUUCUCACUGUGGACAACUUCAGAGCCUCUGACAAUGGAGUCUAUCAGUGCACUGCUACUAGUGGAGCUACUUCUGGCAAUGGAGCGGCUGUCACAUUAACAGCUGUGUCAUCUACUGGUGAUGGAACAUUGAUGUUGACUGAUCAACCCUCUCUCAAUGAACCUGUUGACCUCAGUGCUUCCCUCAAUGAUAACCGCACUGGGAUAGCUCUUGGUGGCACUGUCGAUGGUUCUCUACUGACAUGCACUGCUGGACAUCAAGGUGAUGGAGUGAUGAACUACCCCGCCCCCUCUGUGGUGUGGGUGAGGAGCGGACAAGUUGUUGAAUCACGAAUCACCAUUGCAAUGAUCAAUAGACGAGUUACCAGUUCUCUGACUAUCACUAACUUUGGACUGCCUGAUGCAGGAGUGUACCAGUGUGUCUUCACUGAUGACAGUGAUGGUGGGGAGGUCAUCACAUCAGUACCUUAUCAAUUGGAUACAGGUACUACCAUUCGUAUUGAGAGGGUCUCUCCUGAGGUCAUUAUUUUACGUCCUCCCGAGAAGCUGGUCAUUGAAGUGAGGGUGUCAGGAGAAUAUGAAGUGUUGUUCUGGCGCAAAACGACUAUAAGGACUUUCAUACCUGGUCAAAUGCUUCCUCAAGAGUUUCCUAAUUAUUUUGAGACAUUUGUACGAGACAACACCACAGCUGAGGAUGAGGGGUUCUACAUUGUUCAACCUCAACUUAAGCCUGGAAAAACUCAAACUCAUACCAUCACACCAACUGGUGGUGUUGAUUUUGGGGUUAUUGCGCCAGUUGAUGCCAUCACAACAUCUCUCAAUAUUUCUACUGUUGUGAUUCCCGAGGGAGGCAGUGCAGACAUCUCCUGUAGAUCAGUGGGAGCUCCCGUUCCUAGUAUCACAUGGAAGGUCAACAACCAGACCACUGAAUUUAAGCAGACAGACACAGAGACACCAUUUAUAGCUGCACUGACUGGAACUAUUGGAAACAGAGGUUUUGACGUAUCUCCUGGUAGCAUUGAGUCAUCCCUCCAUAUUGUGAGUGCCACAUACCCUGAUCAUGAUGGAGUGUACACUUGUAUUGGAAGCAACUCUGAGGACCUCAGCAGCAGUACCUUCGUCACUGUGCAAGUUAAUGCUGUUCCUGAAGUGGAAACUACAGCUACUGAGACUCUUGUGUACAUCGGAAGUGAUAUCACCAUCACCUGUUCUGUGCGGAGGGGAAAUCCCUUUAAUUACAUCUUCACCAUUACUAAUACUGACACUGGCAGUACAACAACUGGACCCAACCGCACUCUGACAAGCAUUCAUAUGUCUGAUCUUGGUACCUAUCGCUGUGAUGUCACUAAUGAUGCUGGAACUGGGAGCAGUAUUGUGACUAUAGAGCUGGGAGAUAUCAGUUGCCCUGGUUUUGAUAUUGAGAAUGGGAUUAUUAUCUACUCUGGUGACACAACAGAGCCUCACAUUUAUGGAACAACAACUAAUUAUCAGUGUGACACUGGGUAUGAAAUAACGAAUGGAGACAGAGUGAGGACAUGUACUGGCGAUGGUAGUAGUUCAGUGGGAGAGUGGAGUGGAACUGUGUCAGCUUGUUCGGUUGUGGAUUGUGGACAACCUACUCCUCCCAGUGAUGGAGAAGUUAGCUUGCCUGCUGGCACUACAUUCAGUAGCGUGGCACACUACAGCUGCCAUUCCUGCUAUCGGCGUGUAGGAGUUUCAUUACAGAUUUGUGCAGGAAAUGGACUGUGGACCCCAGCUCAACCAACCUGUGAAAUUCUUGAUUGCGAUCGACCUCCAGAUCUUGACAAUGGAAAAAUCACAACACCUUACACAACAACCUGUGGCAGUCUGGUCACCUACAACUGUGACAGAGGCUAUCUACUGGAGGGAGUGAGCUCACGUACCUGUCAGACUAAUGAAGAGUGGUCCAAUGGAACAGCACUGUGCAAUCCUAUUGACUGUGGCAGCUUGAGUAGUCCUGACAAUGGUGGUGUAGUAAUGUUGUCUGGCUCUACCUUCAUGAGCAGAGCUACCUACUCUUGCAACAGUGGGUACCUACUGAGAGGUCCUGCAGAACUGACUUGUGGUCCUACUGGACUAUGGUCCCCAUAUCCACGUGCACCUAGCUGUGAACCUGUGGACUGUGGUGCAUUGAUGAAUCCUACUAAUGGACGAGUGGACUCAUUGUCUGGAACCACUUUCAUGAAUAGAGCUACCUAUACUUGUAGCAUAGGCCAUAAUCUUGUGGGAACCAGCUCAAGAAUGUGUUUAGCAAAUAGCAAUUGGAGUUAUGUACAGCCAACUUGUAAAGUUGUAGACUGUGGAGCACUUGAAUACCCCACAAAUGGACAAGUUGUGAUAUUGCAGGGAACCACUUUUGACCAACCAGCUGUGUACUCUUGCAAUGAGGGGUACACACUAAAUGGAGAUGCCAGACGUACUUGCACUGCUAGUGGGCAUUGGUUAGGAUCAGCCCCAUCAUGUGAUCCCGUGGAUUGUGGUAUUCUUGAGGCUCCAGCCAAUGGUAAUGUAGCCACAUCUCAAGACACUCACUUUAUGGAUACUGCCUUGUACAGUUGUGCCCCAGGCUUCAACCUCACUGGAUGCCCCUCAGCAGUGUGUCAGUCCAAUGGUACCUGGUCAUGUGACCCUCCCUUCUGUGCCGACAAUACAAUGAUCCAACUCAAGUUCGGCCCAACUCGCUAUUGUGUGGAGUGGACUGAUGAGAAGGUUAAAUUGAUGUACAGGAUCAUGCACAUUGCCAUCACCAAGGCAGUAGGAAAGAGUGGACAUGACAUUCCCAUGAACAACAUUCAACCUGGCUACUUUGUAUGUUACAAAUCCACAACAAGGACGACCUAUCGAACCACGAUCACUGGUACGAAGAGUUUGAGUGCUGUCGAGUAUGCUGAGUUAAUUAGCGAGUGGGUGGAGUCUGGAGUGACCACCAGGGUGCUUUGGUACGCUAUCAAGAUGGACAAGGCCUGUCCAGUGGUCAUUGCCUCCAUGGACAAGGAUGAGUGUGAAUAACUCUACCAAGUACCUAGCUAGCUAUAUAUAGAGAAACUUUUAACAUGUUUGUUAGCCGAAAGCUUUACUUAGUUGCGUCUAAGGAUAUUGAGGAGAUCAAUGUAGAUCUACUACUGAUAUGAGUUGAUGAUUUCUUGUAUGUUUAGG